UUUGGUUUCUUUUAAAGACACAGCUCGUUGUUAUGGAAUUUGUAUCACUAUCUUGGAUUCCUCUCGCUCAAAGAUUCAUGUUUCUCUGCAAUACGCUCCUAUAAUUUCCGCCCUUACCCAAGCCUGGAAAAUUCCGAUCCUUUCUCUUUCUUCGUCAACCCCAAUUAGUUCCUUUCUUGCGAAAAAAGAUUACAUUUUUCAUUUCGGAUAAUGCUCUCGAGAUCUUGCUUGGACUUAUUGAAUUUGGUCUCCGUCGAUGAUUACCGAACUCUGAGCCGGAUCCCAAACGACGUGAUGCUCCCCGGAGUUGUGCCUAGAUUCGAAGGCCGGGAUGAUGCCGAUUCGGGUGCGGGUUCCGACGAUAUCGUCUCCUCUGUUCCGCAAGAACGCAGAAUCAUCGUCACCAAUCAGUUGCCGAUAAAAUCGUUUCGUGACAACGAAACCAGAAAGUUGAGUUUCGAAUUGGAUAGUGAUAGUCUCUAUCUGCAGCUCAAAGACGGGCUUCCUUCCGACGUCGAAGUCAUCUAUGUGGGUUCGUUGAAAGCCGACAUCGAUCCAUCGGAACAGGAAGAAGUGUCCCAAAUAUUGCUCGAAAAGUUCCGAUGCGUGCCUGCGUUUUUACCCCUCGAGAUUCAGAACAAGUUCUACCAUGGAUUCUGCAAGCAUUACCUCUGGCCUCUGUUUCACUACAUGUUACCUAUGUCGCCGAGUCACGGUGCCCGUUUCGAACGCUCGCAGUGGAAAGCUUACGUUUACGCCAACAAGAUUUUCGCCGAUAAGGUGACGGAGGUCAUAAACCCAGAGGAGGAUUACGUUUGGAUUCACGAUUAUCAUCUCAUGAUCUUGCCUACCUUAUUGAGAAGACGUUUUCACAGGGUCAAACUCGGAUUUUUCCUUCACAGCCCAUUUCCGUCUUCUGAAAUCUACAGAACAAUUCCAGUUCGUGAUGAUAUCCUUCGGGCUUUGUUAAAUUGCGAUUUGGUCGGUUUCCACACGUUUGAUUACGCCAGACAUUUCUUGUCCUGUUGCAGUAGAAUGCUGGGGUUGGAUUAUGAGUCGAAGAGGGGUUACAUUGGGCUAGAUUAUUACGGUCGUACAGUGACGAUCAAGAUCUUGCCGGUAGGGAUUCACAUGGGUCAGCUCCAAUCGUUGUUGUCGUUAUCUCAUACUGGAGAUAGGAUCAAAGAAUUGAAGAAACAAUAUGGGGGGAAGAUCGUUAUUUUGGGAGUGGACGACAUGGAUUUGUAAGGUUUAAGCUUGAAGUUACUGGCUAUGGGACAACUCCUGGAACUUCACGAAGAUUUAAGGGGUAAAGUAGUUCUAGUCCAGAUUCUGAACCCAGCAAGAAGCAGUGGGAAAGACAUUCAAGAUGUUCAGAAUGAAACCAAUUCCAUCGCGAAUGAGAUCAAUGACAAAUACGGCGAACCUGGAUACCAGCCAAUCGUGUUCAUUAACGGCCCUGUUUCGACGCAGGAGAAAGCAUCGUACUAUGCCAUUUCCGAAUGCUGCCUUGUGAAUGCUGUGAGAGAUGGUAUGAAUUUAGUUCCUUAUAAGUACACUGUUUGUAGACAGGGAAUCGAAGCAAAUGAUUCCACGAGUCCUAAACGAAGCGUCAUCAUAGUGUCUGAAUUCAUUGGUUGUUCCCCGUCUCUGAGCGGAGCAAUCAGAGUGAACCCAUGGAACAUCGAAGACGUCGCAGAGGCUAUGAAUUCGGCGAUUACGAUGUCAGAUGAAGAGAAACAAUUGCGUCACGAAAAGCAUUACAAGUACAUAAGCUCGCAUGAUGUAGCCUACUGGGCCAGGAGUUUUGAUCAGGAUUUAGAGAGGGCUUGUAGAGAGCAUUAUCAUAAAAGGUGUUGGGGUUUUGGUUUUGGCCUGGGGUUUAGAGUCGUCGCUCUUGAUCCUACGUUCAGGAAGCUUUCAGCAGAAGGCAUUCUAUCUUCGUAUAGAAACACACACAGCAGGUUGAUCCUUUUAGACUACGAUGGUACUAUGAUGCCCCAGGUUUCGGUAGACAAAACCCCAAACGAAGAGGUUAUUUCUGUGUUGAAUCGUUUAUGUGGUGACCCCAGAAACGUAGUGUUUAUAGUAAGUGGCAGAGAUAAGAAUUGUCUCAGCAAGUGGUUUUCUCCAUGCGAGAGGUUGGGCCUCUCAGCAGAACAUGGCUUCUUCACCAGGUGGAGUAGUGAUAGUCCUUGGGAAACAUGUGGGUUAGGAAUGGAUUUUGAGUGGAAAAAAGCUGUAGAACCUGUGAUGGCGCAUUAUACAGAAGCAACCGAUGGUUCUUUCAUUGAAAUAAAAGAGAGUGCUUUGGUUUGGCACCACCAAGAUGCAGAUCCUCAUUUCGGAUCCUGCCAAGAAAAAGAGCUUCUUGAUCACCUCGAAAGCGUGCUAGCCAAUGAACCAGUAGUAGUAAAAAGAGGACAACACAUCGUUGAAGUAAAACCUCAGGGCGUGAGCAAAGGCAUAGUAGUGGGGAAUCUAAUCUCAACGAUGCUGAGUAAAGGAAAGGCACCAGAUUUUCUUUUGUGCAUAGGAGAUGAUAGGUCAGAUGAAGAUAUGUUUGAGAGCAUUGUUCGUUCCGCCUCUGAUCAGACCCUACAAGCCAUAACACAUGUCUAUGCCUGCACGGUGGGUCAGAAGCCAAGCAUGGCAAAAUAUUAUCUGGAUGACACGGUUGAAGUCAUCAAUUUGCUCCAAGGACUAGCCUCUGCAUCAUGAUCAUCAUCAGCCACAAGGUCCCUGCACUCUCAGGAACUGCAAGGAUCUUGAUACAUAAACUCACAGAGCCGGGAAAGAAAAUCUUGUACAGAUGAUACUUACUCUGAUAGGUUGAUUCACAGAGAGUUUUCAUACUUAGAAAUCUACAGAUUAUCUGAUUGAUGUUCUUUUUAACGUUAACUUGGCUAGAUCUCCUCUGUAUUUCCAAUUACAGCACCAAUUUUGCAUUGGCUUGAUCAUUAACUGAUAAUUUUCAAGCGAAGAGUUGGAUCUCACAUAGAAGCAGUUUUGUUUUUUU